GGGGGAUAUUUUGGGGCCACAGCCUAAAACGAAGACCCAGAUGAAUACCAAGAAAAGAAUAUACUCUCUCUCUUUGUCCAUGAGGGUGAGCUUGAGUGAAGGUAAUGUAAGGUUUGAUUUGUUAUUCAUUGAAGCUGUGAGUCCAGUCAAUCGUAAACAAUGGCCUCUUGGACGAUCAAUCCCUUCAUUCUUACCGCCAAACCUACACUGCUUCCUCCCUUCACCACACCGACUCGAACACGGCUAUGGGCAGCUUGUCGAAAGUCAAAGUCUCUCCCCCUCCACAGGAUGUCAAUGCCCAUCAAAGCUACAUUAAUGCAAAAAAGAGAUGAGAAGGAAUAUCAGAGCAACGAUGUUGGUAAUCCAUCUGGAGCACUUGAAACAGCAGUCAUUAAAUUUGAGCAAACAUUCAAUAUAGCUUUGACAGAGCUGGUUAUAAAAGUUUUAGAUGCUUUCUAUAGUGAUAGACACUACGCAAGGUUCUAUGUGUUGGAAACCAUUGCAAGAGUACCUUACUUUGCAUUUGUAUCUGUGUUACACAUGUAUGAAAGUUUUGGUUGGUGGAGAAGGUCCGACUAUUUAAAAGUCCAUUUUGCGGAGAGUUGGAAUGAGCUUCACCAUUUGCUUAUUAUGGAGGCUUUGGGAGGAAAUGAGAGGUGGUUUGACCGGUUUUUGGCUCAACAUAUUGCUGUGUUUUACUACUUCAUGGCAGCCUUUAUGUAUGCAUUGAGUCCAAGGAUGGCAUAUCACUUUUCUGAAUGUGUGGAAAAGCAUGCCUACUCAACAUAUGAUAAAUUUAUCACGCUCAAGGGAGAAGACCUGAAAAAUCUACCGGCUCCUGAAGUAGCAAUCAAAUACUACACAGAAGGCGAUCUCUAUCUUUUUGAUGAGUUUCAGACUGAUCGUAUACCUUGUUCACGAAGACCGAAAAUUGAAAACCUUUAUGAUGUGUUUAUAAACAUUCGAGAUGAUGAAGCAGAGCAUUGUAAAACUAUGAAGGCUUGUCAGAUCCAUGGGGCUCUGCUGUCACCACAUCGCAAUAGACAAUCCAUGCAAAACGAUCUGGAAUGUAGUCUACCUUCAUUAGAGUGUGCUGAUAUCGUAGAUUGCGUGCAAAAAGUAGUUGCAUCUGUACCUAUGGAGGAUUCAAGAGAAAAUCUCUGAUAUUUUACAAUCAUUCAAAUGGAACACGAUAUUUAAAAUCACUGAUGUAUUUUUAUAUGUUUAUUUUUUUAGCUAAUCUUACCAAAUUCUAUGCUACAUAUUAACGAUCAGUUAUCAUUUGAAGUUUUUGUGCAAAGGAUAUGAAGAGGCAACUUGUAACUAUGUUUCUCAAAGUCAAUGACCACAUCUUAUGGCUAAUACGAGGGAAUAGAAAAAGGAAUAGCCAGCUCAUUUAACUGCUCAAUUUUGUUGCCAAAUAGAUUGAACUGUACUUGUAAUGACAUUAGGGAUUUCAGAUACCAUUGAGAGGAAAUAAACUAGGCACCGUAUUACAUUGUAACUUCAUCCAUUUGAUAAAGCUUUUUAAAAUACUUGCAGGUAAGAGGCACUAUUGAAUAUAUAUCCUUCUUUUGUAAGACUU